CAAAGGUACUCACAUCCAUGACCUCCUCACAAUUACACCUUUUUACAUUGCGCCAUCAACAUUGGUGCGACCCUUUAAGGAGCUUGGUCGAAUAUAUAUCCUCCAACAUGAAUCACAUGUAGCUAUUAGAAUGGAUAAUCAGAAGGGAACGAAUAUUGAUUUUGAGACAUUCACAUGGAAAAUUGAAGAUUUCUCUAAACAAAACACCAAGAAUCUACGAUCCAAGGCUUUCCGAAUCCAAGGUUACAAAUGGCGGAUUCUUUUGUAUCCAUUAAUGAAGAAUGUUGACCAUUUUUCAUUAUAUUUGAUGGUUGCGGAUGCUUUACCACCGUAUGGAUGGAACAGAAAUACGUAUUUCAAGUUAGCUUUAAUUAAUCAGUUGAAUGGCAAUAAGUCAAUUGUAAAGGAGACUCAGCAGAAGUUCAAAGGGGGUCAUCGUAGGUGGGGCUCGUUUUUUGUGAAUCUCAGUGAUUUCUAUGACUCAAAACAGGGCUAUCUUGUGAACAACACAUGCAUCAUUGAAGCUCAUGUUUGUAUCUCCCACCUCGACACCAUUCAACUUAACACCUUGAACAAAAUUACUCCAACCAAAGACUCUAUAUUAGAUGAUCAAGCUGCAAGUUCAAGACAUUCAGAAUCCACCCAGCAUGAUAAAGAAACAGGAACAGAAAUAUCAGAUGAGAGUGACACACUUAGUUCAGCGACCUUUGAUUCUGGUCUAACAGAAGGCAAAGUUCAAGUUUCAGAUUUGACACUGAGAGACCUUAUAGAUUUGGAGAAUUUAGGAACAGAAGAAGCAGCUUUUAUUCCACUGUUGGAAGAGGCAUGCAUAUGGCAUCCUUCCCUUAUAAGGAGCCAGAGAAAAAGUUCUAGAUGGUUUAAAUUAUGGGCAUUCACAACAUUGGGCCAAGUUCUGCAUUUUCUCAAGACAAGUAAGGUGAAAGAUAUGGAUGAAGAUGCCUGUAAUCACCUUCAAGUUUUAUGGGAAGAACUUGUUAAGCACUCUGGUUUUCAAUUGGCUUGGCUAGAGCCUUAUGUUCAAUCUGCAUUGGGCAUGAAAGUUCAUUUGAAAAGAACAACUGCAGUGAAUAAACUGAAGGAUUGUGUGGUUGCUUUGGAGAUUAAAAUGAAGAAGCUAAGGGGAGAAUUGGAUGCUGCAGAAGCUGAGUUUGAGGUGGCAAGGAGAGCCUUGGCUGAGGCAGGAAAAGAUUUCAUAGAGAUAGAUUUGAAUGCUGAAUUAGGUUAUGCCAUGUUUUAG